CCACCAUGUUCCGCUCACUUUUACAUUCAUCCUCCAGAUUCUCUUCUUCCUCACUGCUCUUUACUCCCUCGCGGUCUCUCACCCCCUACAUUCCAUCCGCAUCCCUCUUCACCCCCACCCCAUCCGCCAACAUGAAGCACCAUCUGAUGGUCGGCACCUGGACCCCUCCAGGCCGCAUCUACACCGUCGCUUUCGACGAUGAAGCCCUCACCCUCGACCUGGUCAAGAAGACCGACAUUCCCGAGGCCGAACCCAUCUCCUGGAUGACCUUUUCGCACGACAAGAAAGCCAUCUAUGGCGCCGCCAUGAAGAAGUGGAACAGCUUCGCCGUUCACAGUCCGACUGAGAUUGUCCACCAAGCAUCCCACCCAGUAGCUGGCCAUGAAUUGGCUGCCAGCGCCGACACCAACACCCGCGCCAUCUUCGUCCUCGCCGCCCACAAACCCCCCUACAACGUCUACGGAAACCCCUUCUACAAAUACGCCGGCUACGGCAACGUCUUCUCCGCUGGUUCCGAUGGCCAGCUCCUCGAGAACAUCCAGAACUACGAAUACGAGCCCAACACCGGUAUCCACGGCAUGGUUUUCGACCCCACAGAAACAUACCUCUACUCGGCGGACCUACAGGCCAACAAGAUCUGGACACACAUCAAGGACGCAGAAACAGGCCAGUUGACUCUGGUGGACUGCAUCGAGGCCCCGUCGCCCGACGACCACCCCCGCUGGGUUGAAAUGCACCCCAGCGGCAAAUACCUAUACGUGCUGAUGGAAGCGGGCAACCGGUUAGCCGUCUAUGUCAUCGACGAGCGGACACACAAGCCGGUCUUCACCCACAUCACCUACCCCCUGCUACCUGUUGGUCUCCCCCCUCGCAACAAAUACCGCGGCGACGUGACCUUCACCACCCGCAGCGGCGAGUACCUCUUCGCCACGACUCGCGGCAACUCCUUCGACAUCACCGGCUACAUCACGGCGUUCAAGCUGGGUCCGAACGGCAACAUCGAGCGUCAGUUGUUCAUCCACCCCACGUCGACUAGCGGCGGUCACUCGAACGCAGUCAGCCCUUGCGACUUUAGCGAUGAGUGGUUAGCGCUGUGCGAUGAUCAACUCGGGUUCGUGGAGAUCUAUCGCUUCCGGGAUGAGACUCUGGCGCGGGUCGCGCGGGUGGAUAUCCCUGAGAAGGGAUUCGGAAUGAAUGCUAUUUGGUAUGAUUAAUAUGACUGUAUGAUAGAUCAAUAUACUACUUUCAGG